UGCUUUGGAGAGGUCCAUUUUUGAUAUGUGAUGUGUACAUAGUCGGAAAAAUGGGUUCGGAAUUGGAAAGGUAACUGUCAUGUAACUUUAUGCAUGAUCAAUUGAUAUGCAAACUUUUAGUUUAAAAUGUGUCUGCCGCCUAAAAGCGUGACAAGGUUUUACAAUAUGCAAUACCAUUUUCUGUGAAAAUGAUAGAUACAUACAUUGGGAUAAAAUAUAUAUACAGUAGUAUAUUGUCACUGCUGCACUGCGAUUUGUGAGUCCACCGUGCCUCCAUAGUCCACCAGAGAGGGAGUUUAGAGCUUGCUGGUUGCGCUCGAUGGUGCUCAAUUUUUCAAGAUGUCGUCGCUGGAACAGAGACUUUCCCGAAUCGAGGAGAAACUAAAGCAGGAAAAUAAAGAAGCUCGUAGAAGAAUUGAUCUCAAUAUCGACAUGAGUCCACAACGUUCACGUCCGAGGCCAAUCAUCGUGAUCCAGCUCAGUCCUGCUCCAGCCCCUUCCCAGCGUGCAGCUCUCCAGCUCCCCCUCGCUAACGACGGAGGUGGGAGUCGCUCCUCGUCCUCUGAGAGCUCGCCGCAGCACCACUCCUACCCCAGCCGCCCGCGACACAUGCUCAACCUGCCUACUCCACAGUAUGGUCUAGUGAAGAGCCUUGAGAAUGCGGAGAUAGACCAGAAGCUGCAGGAGAUCAUGAAACAGACAGGUUACCUGAAGAUUGACGGCCAGCGGUACCCAGCGGAGGUCAGCGACCUGAUCAGCGAGGGGGAGAUCGGCAGCGGCACAUGCGGGCAGGUUUUCAAAGUGCGCUUUAAGAAGACGGGCCACGUCAUCGCCGUCAAACAAAUGCGCCGGACAGGAAACAAAGACGAGAACAAGAGGAUCCUGAUGGACCUGGACGUUGUGCUGAAGAGCCACGACUGCCCUUACAUCAUCCAGUGCUAUGGGGCCAUUGUGACCAACACGGAUGUGUUUAUUGCCAUGGAGCUGAUGGGGACGUGUGCUGAGAAACUCAAGAAGAGGAUCCAGGGGCCUAUCCCUGAACGCAUCUUAGGCAAGAUGACUGUGGCGAUAGUGAAGGCUCUGCUGUACCUGAAGGAGAAGCACGGCGUGAUCCAUCGGGACGUGAAGCCCUCCAACAUCCUGCUGGACAACAAGGGUCAGAUCAAGCUGUGUGACUUCGGCAUCAGCGGACGCCUCGUCGACUCAAAGGCCAAGACCCGCAGUGCUGGAUGCGCUGCCUAUAUGGCUCCUGAGAGAAUAGACCCUCCAGAUCCCAGUAAGCCUGAUUAUGACAUCCGAGCAGACGUCUGGAGCCUGGGCAUUUCUCUGGUUGAGCUGGCAACUGGACAGUUCCCCUAUAAGAACUGUAAGACGGACUUUGAGGUCCUGACCAAAGUGCUGCAGGAGGACCCUCCCCUUCUCCCUCUCAGCAUGGGCUUCUCUCUGGACUUCCAGUCCUUCGUCAAAGACUGCCUCACAAAGGAUCAUAGAAAAAGGCCAAAAUACCACAAGCUGCUUGAGCACAGUUUCAUCCGGCGUUACGAGGUGUUGGAGGUGGACGUGGCGGGCUGGUUCCAGGCGGUGAUGGAGCGCACCGAGUCGCCGCGCAGCAGCCAGUGUUACAGCCAGCACCAGCUCCACUCGCUCUUCAGCAGGUAGCCCCAGGCCCGGGUCCCCGGGAGCCCCCCUGGAGCCCUGCCGCCGCCCCGUCCCACAGCCGGGACACCCCGGAGAGUCUGAGACACGCAGGAGGCCUGUGACGCCGGCCGGACGGACGGACGGACAGGACAGGUGCAUUCAUUGGCUGAUUGGUUGAUGGAGUCUGGGUCAGGACUUGCAGACACGUGAGGGCGGGUAGAGGCGCACCCUGUAGUUAGAAGUCGCAUGAACACACCCACUGUUACCAUGAUCGCCACAUACUGUAGCUUAGUCUGGCUCUGAAUCGCAUACUAACUUUCCAUGUAAUAUAGCAGUUAUACUGUAAACUCCUCUAUUUAUGUGGUUGGACACGCCACUUCCUCACUCGUCAUAUUUCACCUGCAUCCUCUUGUUCAGCUCCAGCUCAGGCCUUAGUCAUAGCUAAGGGUUUGGUCAACUGAGUAGUCGUUACACACUGGAGAAAACCUCUACUAAAUAAUGUAGUGUUAAGCCAAUAUGACGAAUGCCUAGUACGGCAAACCCAGAGGCCCAGUUUUAUGCACUGGGGGAUGGCUAGGAUCACAAGUGUCAGGUUCUGUGCAAUAUUCAACGGGGUAUUAUUACUUGGUUAAAUACUCCUGUGUGUGUGUGUGUGUGUGUGUGUGUGUGUGUGUGUGUGAGAGAAUCAGAUUAGACAGGUGUAGGCUCACUAUCAAGGGUGUAGACCUAACGCCAACCACUUUCACAGUGUACGUUUCACAAUGAUUUUAACCUAGGUGAUCAUUUUCAAACAUUAACAAUGAUUGACAAGUGAAUAUCGGUACAUUUUCUAGCAGCUGUGAAUUAGAAAAUCUCUGGAAAUACACAAAAAAAAAAGAUAGGCUUCCACUUAGCGGUGUCAAUUGUUUUUGUAUUAGAACGUUUUACUGCUGUACGUUUUGUGUGGAACUGACGUAACUGGUGAUUCAUGUCCAAGAGAAAGAGGGAGACAGAUAAGGAGUUUACUGGUUUACUGCAUUCAUCACCCAUGCUGUGGCAAAACUAUUGCCCAGGUAUGAGAGGUAUAAAGCAGUGGUGUAUUGUGGAGGAGGAUUAUUUACCAGAAAUGGAAGGAUAACGAGGGGAGGUGUGUGGUAUUUUGUCUUGAAACGCACCGAAAAGACACGGGAGCUCACCCAUAUCAAAGAACAAAAUUACGUCUAUAUGCUGUGGAGCAUUUCAGCCAUCGUCCCUCUCCACUCUUUCUUUGUGGCGCUCCGCCGCCCAUUUUCUCUCUGUCCUUUUUCCUUCUGUCGCCAUUUCUGCCGUGCCCUUUUUAGACGCUCCACAGAUUUGUCAAACCAAAGGUGGCAGUCUACUGCGGACGGUGACGAGCAAGGCCCUUCUGUUGCUCCUGUCUGUUGCCACUCGUUCUGCGGGGCCAAAGCCAGGUAGAUCCUCGUUGUGAUUGAUGAAGCCUAAUGGCCUGUGCCAGAGACUCCUUAACAUAUUUAUGAUUAGGCUAGACUCCCCCAACAUACACCAAACCAAAUCACAGCUAGGCACAAGUGAGGGAGAGCAACGGUAUGUAUGUCCGAGAAAUAAAGAAGGAAUGGGAAAUGUUGACUGUCAGAUCAAGUUGUGUGAGAGGGAAAAGAGAAAAGUGUUGGGAGUUAUUUGGAAGAUGAAAGGAUGGGGCGAAAGGGAAAGAUAAGGAAGUGAGACAGAAAGUCAAAGGAGGGUAAGAGAUUGACGACCUUGUGAUGGUGAGGAAUGCGUGAGUGGAUGCUGGGCAGUUGGUUAAAGGGAGGCCAACCUAUGGACCAGAUGCUAAAGCUAGCUGGACAUUGUGAAAGCUUUCAGUGGUGUUACACCUAUAUAACAAUUAGGAUUUUAGGGAUGUGAAUUAGGACUUGUAUGUUUGCUGUUCUAUUCAUUAUUGUAAUGUUAAAACAUUUAUUUUUUUUAAAGUAUUUAUUACGUUGCUGCUACAUUUUUGCUUUGGAUGCUGCUGUUGAUUAUUUUUCCCCAAAGGACAGAUACUUUUUUUUUUUUUGUCUUUAAAGAAACCAAAUAAGUGAAACGAGUGCGACGUCUACACAAUUACCAAAUACGGAAAAGCAGGUCUGAUGACGGUGAAAGAAGUUGAGAGAAAAACAAGAAAUAGGUUUAGCAUUGCAAAAUCUCCAGAAAUGAUAUACACAUCACCUUCACUAAUGUAAUAGUGCUAUGCACUAGCUGCAAUCACAUCACACUACUGCGCUGCAAAGUAUAGUUAGUAUUAGUGAAGGAGUGUCUGUCUGUCCUGACCUGUGAGCCUUGACCUUUUGCUCCCUGAUCUUGGGGACAUUCUAGUCCAGGGUCAUUCUGGUUUGUCUGUCCACCUGUCGGUCCUCGGGCCUCCUGUAAGAUCAACCUUGACAUCACACACCAAAGGUGGCAUCAAUGGAAACGAAUACAAAAAAUGAUGAUUAUUAUUAUUAUUGUUCCUCUAAUUGAUUACUAUAACUACAAUAUAUUCUGAAUCUCUCAUUAGCUAGUAGGGGGUUUUUGGGGUCGGGAGGGGCACUGUAGGGUUGGCAGUGUCUGUGUGUGUAGAACACGGGAGACUGGUACUCUGACCUGGCCUGGGCACAGCCACUCCGCCUGGUGGACCCACUCAGCCCAUUUUUAGCAGUACAUCAUCAUAAAGGCCCAGAGGUUUGGAAAUGUUGCAGACUGGAACGGAAUAAUGUAGAAUGAACAUGGUUUUCUUAUUGUGGAAAAGAGAACAGUGUUGCUUCCUAGUGAUGUUGCUGUCUGCAGAAUUUCUAGUUGCCCCUCUGCAGUUCACCAUGUUUAGACCAUGGCUGCUAGAUUUUGUUCUUGCAAAAAGCAAUUUGGUAGUAAUGGCAGGCAAACAUUUCUACAAUCUAGGCUGCCCUCCUGCUAAAGCACAGUAAAUGGAAAUACAAGUAUAUACAGAGUAAAUCUCGUGGAGUUUCUAAACCUUCGAUUUUUUUCAAUCAUUGCUAAGUCCUCACACCAGUGUCCAGUGCUUUGUUAGACCCAGUCUCCCACUGUCAACUGUAUGUUAUUUUUAAUCUUUUUGCUAACAUGCUUUUACAAACACACACACACUAUUGUUCAGUAUGUGUGUAUUCAAGUUUAAAGACUCCUUACUCGUCAUAUGAUUUGGUGGGUGAUUCUCAUGAAACCUGUUUUAAACGUAUGUGUAGAAUAUUGAGUUAUAACUCCAUGAUUCAUGUGAACUAUAUUUUUGCCAGAUUAUCAACAUUUUCACACUAAAUUCUCAUCCCCGAAAUACUUCCAUAUUAAAUUCUCUGUAAUAAAAAAAACAAAUCAAAAAAUGACUGAAAAAACUAAAACACAAAAUGUUGCUGUAGUUCCUUAAAUUGUAAAAUAAUUAUUCCUGUUAAAGUUUUUGAGACUAAUGUAUGUAUUACCUUUUGUCUGUAGACUUUACUAGAACACUUUGCAAAAAACAGCAAUCAGCUUUUUAGGUGUUCUCCCAUGAUGCAUCGCAUCAUCUAGAAUAGGCUUAAUUGGAAUAGCAAAAGUUGAUGUAUUCAUUGAAUGCCUUUUGCAUUCUCAAACACACCCUUUACCUCACUUGGCCUAACCAUUACUGAAACGGCUAAAACAAUUCAUUAUUUUAUAAUGUCAUUUUACAUUUUUAUAUUUUCAGUAUUAUUUUUUACUCCGGCCUUUACAAAAGGGAAGCAAUCAGUGUAGUCGAUUUAACUUUUUGGGAUAGUAUCGGCAAUGAGAAUUUCUGUGGAAAUUAUGUUGAAAUGCAUACUUUUUUUAAAUUUAAACUAGGACAGAUUCUAAUCUCAGCGAUCCAAUUGUAAUUUUAUGGGGACAAAUGUGAGUUUUGUAAGAAUGAUCGAGGUGGAUUUUUUUGUCUUUUUUCAAAAAAAGAAUUGUGACUUGUGUUAGUGUGUGUUUGUAAAAUGUAAAAUUCUAAAAAAGUUUGAAUACUAAUCCUAAUCCAUUGCCAAGGACAGCAGCAGAGUGCCACACAUACUUCCACAUUGAUGCUGGCCGGCUGCCGUUUAAAGUAGUUUGAGUGUUUUCAGCCAGGGCCAUUAAAAAUGCACUCUAGAAGAGUAGUCCAAACUGCCACCCUUUACCCUAUUUAGUAGUGUGACGUAGUGAGUACGGGGCCAUUCUGGAUGCACGUUGUGGUGUCGGCUGCUGCGCUGUACCUUGGUGGUGCGGGUGGAGGGUGUGUCAUUGCUCCAUCUGUAAGUAAAACCAAAUAUCAUUUUCACUAUGCAGUCAUUCAAAUCAGUCAGCUUGCUGUACUUAAGGAAGACUCCUGUCCAUACACAUAUACAGUAAAUGCCGAUGAAACUGGAGUUAGUGACAAAAUAUAGUGACAUGUUUUUUUUGUUUUUUCUUUCUCCCUCCCAAUAUGGUUGAAAUCAUGCCUUCAGAGAGAAAACAAGUAAAGCAAAAGGGCAGAGAGUGUGUUUUGAAAGAGCUGACAAAUAUUUAAGGAUUGUAUCGGGUUUGGAGAGGGGCGGGUGGGUUGUAGUCUUUGUGGUGGGGUGGGUUAGAUGGGGUUUGUAGUUUGGGAGUUGCUAGUCCAAUGCUGUAAGUAUAUCAAUUGCAUGUUAUUGUCACAGAUGUAACUGCCAUUGAUUUUUAGAUUAUGCUCGCGGGGGUCAUAAAACUCUUUAUUUAUAAUUUUUACAUAUUAUAUAUUCUGUAUCUUUUUUUUGUUGCGAAAUGUUGAAUUGUGUACUUAGAAAAAGACACACUUUUGCCUUUUUAUGUUCUCCAGACUUGUUUAAUCUGCUAUUUGCAAUAUACAUUCAUACUUGUAUUGUCACAUAGUUGGUUUCAUGGCAAGAAUGGGGCUUUUGUUUGUGCUGAUUAUCAGCAGACUUUUUAUCUUUCGUUUCACCUAAAUUUGCUGUGUGUCUUUUUGUUUGUGUGUGUGGAGGGGUUGGGGGAGGUGGGGGGGAUUGGCGGCGGCUCAGUGUGUGUUUGUCUGCUCUUAUUAUUUACCUUUAUUAUCCUCCAUGUUUUGUUUUUUGUAUAAAAGAAAGUACAUUUAUAUUCAGGGCAAAGACUACACCAAAUUAAAGAAAACAAUUCUGGAUGUUGUUAGCGAGCGAAUGAGUGUGACCGUGUAGAUUCUGUUCCUCCGGGACACCGGGGUCGAAGGUGUGUCUUUUUCGCGCAAAACGGAACAAUCACUUUCACUGCUCCGUUUCGCUUCUUCACCCUGUGUCGCUGUAAAUUGUUUGUCCUUCGAUAUCUUCUCAACAGAAUUGUUUUAUUUCUUUUUAUGAUCAAAA